AUUACGAAAGUGUAAGCAAAUAGAAUAUUUAUACAAAUUCACAUACUAUGCUUCCGUGUCUGUAAUCGACAGGGCUUUAGAAAGCAAAACAGCGGUUACCGCUAACAGGGUACAAAAGCACAGUGUGAGGUGUGUUUACAAAAACAAUAUACAUACGGACAAAGAGCACAACAACGUCCAACAGUUAUAAAGGCAUUUAUACGCCAAACAGUCAGCCGCCCAACCAUUGAUAGCGGCGCGCUUUGCCGCUGGUUUUACUUCUCGGCAUCCUCAUAUGGGUGGAAAAUGUGCCACUGACCGUACCACAACAAUUCGGAAUUGUCCCUGCAACUGACGAGUAAUCGGCAGCGCUCAUGUAAAGUGGCGAACAAAUGCUCGCAGUCGCAAAAGGUUAUUACACGGGUAGGAAGCGUGUGUGUAAGAAAAACAAGCAAAAAUGUAAAUGAAAAGUGAAAAUCACAAAAUUAUGUGUGUGGAAAAUUUAUUAACAAAAAGCAAUUACAAAUAAAUAAUAACUGCGAAAUUGUUACUAACGUGCGUUUUGUUGCUUAAUUUCUGAGCGCAUGAAAACAAUUUCACUUUCCUUCGAGUUUUUAGUUUUUCACGCCAUUAAGCCUAUAUGUGUAGGUUAUAGAAGGAUGACAGUCAAAAAAUUUGCGUUAAACAAGUGUAGAAUGUUGGGUCAGCAAAAGAGAAACGUAGUAAUGGCGUGUUUACCACGGCUCACCAACUGCCAAUAGCUGGACGAGCAAAAAAUUGUUCAUAAACAUAAUCGAGAUUUUGUAAAUAUUAACUGCGUGCUGCGUUUGAGCGUACAGCAUCAUAUUUUUCUUCACUCAAACACGCGAGAAUACGCCCAGUUCAAAAGAGCCGCUGCAGCAUCUCUUUAGUUGGCUGAAAGCAGGCCAAUUGCUUUGGCAAACAAAAAAGAAAACACAUACAUUGCAACAACAGCAAAAACAAGAAAAAACAGUGUUUUUCAGUGUGCGGAGAAAAUGCAUUCCGUGAACGUGUACGAAAGUGAGGAUGAGCGACGUCAUGGCCAUGAUGACACACGCGAGCUGCAGAACUUGGAUUGGCCCUUCUUGAUUAAGGGCAUUCUAGAAAGCCCAUCUUGUACAACAACAACACCGGACACUGUGGCCGCACUGUUGUGGACAAUUACGGCGGUGUUUGGUAUUGUUUACGCGCUGCUCGGCUACCGCUGUCUGCGCGCGGUGGGUUUCUUAAGCGGUCUGAUGGUUGGUGCCAACGCCAUUUUCAUGUUACAGGACUUUCAUGUAACGCUGCUCGGCAAACCAACCGAUUCGGCACUAGCGAUCGUGGCGGGCUUGCUGGGUGCCGUGAUUGGUUCGACAUACCCGGUAGCAUCGAUAUUGAUUAGCGCAUUCGCGGGCGCACUGGUAGCUGGCGCAGCGAUGGCCGUGUGUGUGGCCACAAUGCCAGACAAUGACUUUGGCUAUCGCGAAAUUUAUGUGGCUAUCGCGGGUGGCGCCGUCAUUUGCUCGGUGCUGACGUUCUGCUGCGCCAAAUAUGUGACCAUACUGACUUCGAGUAUCGUUGGCAGCGCGAUGAUUAUUACCGCUAUCGAUUUUUUCAUGCACAACCUAGACACGAUAAAUUGGAUUUUAAAUAUGAAACCGAAUCCGCUGCCACCGCCUUGUUACGGCGGCAUUUUGAUAUGCUCCUGGCCGGUGGCAAUCAUCAUCAGCAUAAUGGUGCAGUGCUUCAUCACGGCCUGGCGCGUGGAUCAUCGCAAGCGCGUCUAUCUGCGGCACCACCACCAGAUGGCUCGCUGCGGUGCCGGCGGCUUGCCGACGAAUCGCAUGAGCGGACGACCGCGCGAAACGCGCGAAGAGGCCAGUCAACGCAAGUACCGUUAUCUGUAUCAGGUGCGCACGGCGCGCGGCGACAUUAUUUCACAGAACUUCGUGUCAGCAUUGCAGAAGCGCAUACAACUGGGCGGCACGGAGACGCCCUCGGAACGUUCGAUUAAGACGAGUUCGAACGAACGCAAUACAUUUCGCAGCGAUCGCACACACUUCACCACCAUACCCGAUUCCGAAAUGUGCGACAAAAUCGAAAUUGUGCGUGAUCUAGGAUAACAAACAAGCAACAGUUACAUGUAAGCGGCGAAUGUGCGAGGGAAACGGAAACGUAUAAGAGACGCGUGGAGCUUGCUUGUGGUUAUCCGAAGAAUCGCGUAUGUGUGUGCGUGUGCGACGAUCGUUGUGCGUGUAUGUAUAACGGGAAUAUGAAUUGCCAAUACAACAACUACAGCUAAGUGAUAAAAUGCAACGUUGCGUUUGUUGGGCGUGUAAAUAAAACUUGACAAAGCUUAAUUUAAUGAAGUGCAGGGAGGGAGCGAAGGAAGGAGACGAGUGCAUGUGUGGUAAUGCAUGAAAGUGAUAA